AUGACAAAUUGGCCGAGCGGGCUGUUUCUGCUGGUCCUGUUGGCCUUCGCUCGGCUCGCGAGCGCCUUCUGCCCAACACUCUGCACGUGCGAAAGCGAUCGCAACCUGCGCACGUCCUGCAUUAACGCGUCCCUCGAGGUAGUCCCGAUCCAGCUCAACCCGGACGUGCGCCACCUCAACUUAACCGCAAACCAGAUCACGAACGUGCACUUUACGCUCGCCUUCUACUACCAGCUCGAGUCACUCGAUCUCUCCGGCAAUCGGAUCGAUUCGCUUGGCUCGAAAAACUUCGAGUCGCAGGAGAAAUUGCGUGCCCUCAACGUCACACGGAAUGUCCUGCAGACGCUGCAGAAGGACACCUUCCGUGGGUUGCGUCGGCUUGAGCUGCUGCGGCUUGGUGAAAACGUUCUCGAACAGAUCCAUCCGACCGCAUUUCAGGCACUUGGCGCGCUACGCCAGCUCGAACUCGAUCGUAACCGGUUGGUGAGCUUCGAACCGGGUGUUUUAGCGCCACUGACCGCUCUCGAGACGCUUCUGCUCGCCGACAAUCAACUGCUCGAGGUACCAUACUCGGGUAACCUGGAACAUGUGCGCACCUUGCGCCAUCUCGAUCUAUCCGGCAACCUGAUCGAGUUCGUCACGAACGGCAGCUUCGCUACGCUGCACCAACUCCGAACGCUCCGGUUGGCCGGGAACGUGCUGAUGGAGCUCGAUCCGAGUGCUUUCGCUGGACUACACUCUCUACAGCUGCUCGAUCUGGCCGACAACAAUCUCACGACCAUCCCAACGGUGCAGCUGUCGAGGCUACACAACCUGACCACGCUGACGCUGAGCGGUAACUCGUUCGUGCGGCUGCCCGCAGUUGCCUUCGCGAAUCUGUUCCAACUGCGUGAGCUGCAUCUGGACCGGCUGGAUCGGUUGGAGCACAUCGACACGAGGGCGUUCGUCGACAACACGCACCUGCAGGUGUUAACCCUGGAUGAUAACCCGUCGUUUUCCGCACUUCCGGUGCGGCUGUUCAACGGCAACCCGCACCUGAUCGAUAUUUCGAUGCGACGGAACGCACUACUCACACUGGAUGCGGUUCAGUUCCCGCUCGAUCGACUCCAGCGGCUAAAACUGGCCGGAAAUCCGCUCGUGUGUAACUGCACGAUCCGGUGGCUUUGGCGGCUUGUAACCGGUACACUCGACGAUGCCGACGGUGAUGACCCGGAUGGGGUGGCUUUCCUGGCUCCGGAUCACACCAACAUCACAACCGUGCUGCUGAUCGAUCGCGACGAGAUCGGGUGUGAUCUCAACGAGGAUGGUCUCGUGACACGGCGAACCCUGCGCGGUAUGUCCGAGAGUGACAUUAACUGUCCAGCUCACCUACUCACGGUGCUCGGUGUUCUGUUGGUGGUGCUGUUGCUUGCCCUCGGUGCUGGUGCAGCCAUCGUGUACCGCCGAAGGACACGUGAACGCAAGAAGAUCCUGCAGGAGCGCAAGAACGUGCACGAGCGCAUCGUCCCGCAGAAGGUUGAUAAGCUGGAACUCGAGCGGUACCUCGCUCAGCAGGUCCUUUCGAACGAUUAUCGUGAGCUGCGACCUGCUUGCGAUCUGCCCGUUCGGUACGAUCUUAAAUACCCGGAUCAAACGGCACAUCGGGCGGAUCCACGGUCGGAUGCUGACGCCGAUUCGGAUCACUACGAGAACAUCGACUACCUCCAGCAUCAGCGCGCUCUUGGGCAUGCAACUCAACCUGUUGGGUAUCAUUACGCUCAAACGGUGCAGCAUCCUGCGUACCAUUCGCAACACCACCAACACCAGCAACCAGGGCUGAUGCCUACCAGGACGAUGCAACAUCCGGCGCACAAACACCAGCACCGGUACGCGGAUGAAACCGGAGAAAAUGGCCACAGUAAUACGCUUCCGGUGCAACCUGGAGUGACGCAGCGUGGUCUGAAUAGCUACUCGCCGAACUUCUUCAUUUACGUGCUGUGUGCGCACUUCGUUCUGCUGCUGGUGAUCUUAUGA